GCAUUAGGAUCCACAAUGUCGUGUAUACAUGACAUACCGGAGCUCCCUUCGGAAGAGGUUAUAUAGGGCCAUAGGUGGCAUGGAAGUUUGGCAGAAACCACUCUUUUGAUCUCUCGGAAGCCACGAAAGCCGUACUUCAUUUAUUCAUUGGCUGUUUUAAUUUUGAAUAAGCCUCGAUAGACAAUAUCUUCAACUAGCUGGACAUCUUCAAUAAUGGGGUCGUCAAGGAUGGGGUCGCCUUCUAUCCGAUCAUACCAUUCCCCCAGGUCUGGUAGCCCUAGCCACUCAGAUAUUAGCAUUGACUGCCAUAUGAUCGAUACUAGCGCAGACGGAUUCCACGAGACUGGACUUUGUGCGGCUCUUCGGUUACUAGUUGAGAAAGAAACCACAAAUUUGGAAUUCAGCCGUUGUCUCAUGGAGAAAUGCCCAGUAGCCAAUUUCAAGACCGCCAAGGAGAUGCUGGCCCAUUUCGCAGUUUGCAAAUAUAUUCCCGAGGGAAUGUCUAGGUGCCCAGGAUGUGUGGUCAUCUGGAAAUCUCAGACUGUCCAUAGGAAAGGAAUACUCAAACAACUUUUCGGGGCCCUGGGCCGUACUUACUCGAGCUUCAAACCAUCAUCCUCCAAGGCGCCACCCAAAAAGGUCUAUCACUCUAGCCUAGAAGGGAUCUACAAGCAGUCUUCAUCUUUCGAAUUUCCGCCUAGUUCACAAGCAAAACUCUCAGAUAAUGGAAUUACUGAAUUAUCAGCCACGUCCUCUCGCAGCGAGCUAUACGAUGAGUCUUGUGAACUCACAAACAAGCGAGUUCCGCGAAACGGGUCCUGGGAGCCUUCAAUACGUGAUGGGCAUCGGUUCUUAUAUACCGAAAUCUCAUCUACACCACUCACAGAACUUUCAAAUGCCACAUCACCUACAGAGCUUUCCAGUACCACAUCACCUACAGAACUUUCCAGUACCACAUCACCUACAGAGCUUUCAAGUGCCACACCACCUGUAGAGCUUUCAAGUGCCACACCACCUGUAGAGCUUUCAAGUGCCACACCACCUGUAAAGAUCCUAGACGCCACUACCACAACUAAUAUUCAGUACGAUUACCUGCCUACCAUCUAUAAUCAGGGAAUGAAGCAUAUUUUCCUUGGCGAUAUCAGCAACGGAGUAGAAAGUUGUCUCAAUGAACCUUAUCACGUAACACAAUCUCAGAGCGGCUUCACUUCACUCACAUCCCCGCCUCCACAGCCGGUAUUCUAUGACGGAUCCGAACUUCCGUUGACUAGCAAUACAAAUGACCUCGAACCCAACAUGAACCCCUCGCCAUGGAUAUGCGAGAUGGGAUAUUCUGACCUUGAUGAAAGGUUGGGUGUGUUAGGGUUAGAAGGAUCUUGGUUCCACACGUCAGUCGAUAGCACCUCUUCUAUUGAUUACUCGUGGCCCUUUUCUCGGCUAGAUACUCCAUCACCACCACCGCCAUCACCAUUACCGCCAUCACCACUACCGAGCCCCGAGGUUUAUAUUGAUCUCCCAACUAUAUUUGAAGAAGAUAUCAACUUCAAUGUAGACGUAUUCCCUUUUGAGAACCAUUUAUAUUCAGACUUGAGUUUUGCGUCUCCAACUUCUGAACAGUCACCGAACUCAACAUUGUCAUCCCAUAUUUGGAAAUGCCCGCACAAUAACUGUACAUUCCAGGCUAGCGGCAAAAGGGGAAAAGCCUAUCCAGCCUAUCUUCGAAAACAUCUAAAAACUCAUGAAGAUUGCCGAUACCCCUGCCCUCAAUGUGGCAAAUUAUUCACACGGCCAGACAAUCAAAAGAGUCACGCAAAGAAAGCUCAUAAAGGCUCCGGUGAGCCCAACAAUUAUCGGGGUAGGUCUAAGCUUCCCGGAAAUAGAACCCGAGAGAGAGUACAGAGAGCUAAGGUUAAGAAAUAAAGUAAAUUGGACUAUGCGUGUUUCGUCCUCUUGUUAUUCGAGCUUUCCUUUAAUCCCUUUCAUAUUAUUGUAAAUGGUCUAAGGAUUUCCUUGAUAUUCUUUCCUAAAGUUCGCUUAACACAGUAGUUCAUGCAAGUAAUUUCCUGAGUAGUUUUAGCACAUCUACCUUAAAGCAAUACUUGUCCCGAUUUUCAAUACAAACAAAAUGUCACAACUUUCCACACAA